AUGCACGCCAGCGCCAGCUACUACAAUGCUCUCGUCCUGACAUGCUAUGACUAUUGCGUCCAUAGCCUCUUCAUGGUCUACCUCUGGGGCUGUCCCACCACCACAGUAACUCUGCCCUUUUUCAAAUCAAACAUUGGUCGCAGGCACAUGGAUGUCGGAGUAGGGACUGGCUAUUUCCCUGCUGCCGUCCGACAAAGUGUGCAACAGAAGCAGCAGAAUCACGCAGUCUUGCUAGACAGCCCAUUCCUUCAAUGGCCGGAAAAGCUCCUACUGGUUGACUUGAAUCCCAAUUGUACGGAGAUGGCAGCUUCUCGUGUUGGUGUGAGAGACCGUACCGAAAUACUCAUUGUCGAUGUCUUUCAGCCAUUACCGGCUGUUGAAAGUGUUGAAAAAUACGAUUCAAUCUCACUCAUGAACCUGUUACACUGUCUACCUGGCUCUGCGGAAUACAAGUCUCAGGUUUUCGGUAACUUGAAGCCAUUCCUCAAAGAUAAUGGUACUCUGUUUGGCGGGACAAUCCUUGGAAAGGGCGUUCAGCAUAAUUUUCUGGGAAAGGCUCUUAUGUGGGUGUUCAACUGCAUUGGGAUAUUUCAUAACUACGAAGAUGAAAAAGGGUUGUUUCUGCAGGUGCUUGAAAAGGAGUUUGGGAAAGUAGACCAUGUUGUCGUGGGUCGUAUCCUGCUGUUUGUCGCGAAAGAGCCUCUUCUCUGA